AUGGAUCAAGAAGAGAAAGGUGCACCCCGUAUUCGCUUCGGAGAGCUUCGUCUCCCCGAGGAGGAAGAUGGAUAUGUCAACCAUGAGCGGCGCCAUGAGAGAUCAUUGUCAAGACGAAAUAGUGUUGGCAGUCUCUCGAUUCGCAGCGUUGGCGGUGCUCGCACCGUCCAGCCAGAGACCGCUCUACCGAUCACCUACCGCACUCUGUCAAUCGAGAUUGAUGAGGGUCAAUACAAGAAGCAAAACGAGGUGAAGAAGGCGAAGGAGAAGGCAGCCGUCGAUCUGGCUGACCUGGAAUGGCACACGCUCGCUAUCCAUGAACUGUGUCGCCGACUUUCUGUUGAUCUUGAUCAAGGUCUUUCUGACGACCAGUCCAAGCGUCGCCUCAAUGAACAUGGCCAGAACAAGAUGACUCCGCCACCCUCUGGUCUAAUCCGCGAUAUCAUAGGUUACUUCUUCGGUGGCUUUGGUAGCAUUCUCGUUGUAGCCGGCAUAUUGGUUUUCAUCGCUUGGAAACCACUCGGAAAACCCCCUGCCGUCGCCAACUUGGCGCUCGCAUGUGUACUGAUCGCGGUCUGGCUCAUUCAAGCUGCGUUCAAUGCAUGGCAAGACUGGUCAACAAGCCGGGUCAUGGCAUCCAUCGGUACUAUGUUGCCCGAUCAGUGUAUCGUCGUGCGUAAUGGAGCGCAGACCAACAUUUCGGCUCUCGAUUUGGUUCCUGGUGAUGUUAUCGUCAUCAAGCAAGGCAACAAGCUUCCCGCAGAUAUGCGCUUUGUGGAAGUCUCUAGCGAUGCCGUGUUCGACCGCUCCAUCCUUACUGGUGAAUCUGAACCCGUCGUAGCCACUCUCGAUGCAACCGAAGACAACUACCUCGAAACCAACAAUAUCGGACUACAAGGCACGCACUGCAUCUCUGGCAGUGUUCUUGGCAUAUGCGUAGCCACCGCUGAUAACACAAUCUUUGGACGCAUCGCGAAGCUGACCUCGGAUCCUAAAACUGGAAUGACGCCACUUCAAAAGGAAAUCCUACGCUUCGUGUUGAUCAUUUCCGUCUUCAUCACCUGCGUUGUGAUUCUAAUCAUCAUCCUUUGGGCAGCAUGGUUGCGGAAAGAUCAUCCGGAUUGGAUCAACGUACCACUUCUCAUCGUCAGUUGUGUUUCUGCGGCUGUCGCUUUCAUCCCAGAAGGUCUUCCAAUUGCACUGACUACGAGCUUGACAAUCGUCGCGAACAUCAUGCGUAAAAACAAGAUUCUUUGCAAAUCGCUCAAGACUGUGGAGACGCUCGGAGCCGUCUCCGUUAUCUGUUCCGACAAGACUGGUACAUUGACAAAGAACAAGAUGGUGGUUACCGAUAUCUAUGCCGGAGGAGAAGAGUACACUGCCGACGAGGCGCGUGACAAGAUGGCAGUCUUCCGCUCGGAGGAGAAAGACUCAACUGCACUGUCUUUGUCAAACAUCAUCGACCAUGUUCGCGUCCUUGGCGGUCUCUGCAACUCUGGCGAAUUCGAUGCUGCAACUAUGGACCUGCCCAUCGCGGAUCGCAAGAUCAAUGGGGAUGCCACAGAUCAGGCUAUUCUUCGACUCUCUGAGACUUUAGGUUCAGUCACUCAGCUACGUCGGGACUGGAAAAAGGUCUUCGAGAUCGCUUUCAACAGCAAGAACAAGUUCAUGAUUCGAGUUAUGACUCCUGCAAACCAGGGCGCAACGAGUAACAAUGCUACACUCAUGAUCAAGGGCGCUCCUGAUAUCCUCCUUCCCCGCUGCGAUCUCAUCCUGAACGCGCUGGGCGAAGAGGUGGAACUUACAGAAGCACAACGACUCCGCAUCGAGCAAAUCAAGGAUAGCUGGUCUUCCCAGGGCAAGCGUGUCAUUCUCAUGGCCCGCAAGCCAACUAUUAUGCCAUUCUCCAACGACCAGGAGAAGGAGAUCCUUGUAUCCGCCCGUGAAGGCCUUACCUUCGUUGGUAUCGUUGGUAUCGUCGAUCCACCUCGCGAUGAGAUCCCAGAAGUCGUGAGCAUCCUCCGUGGCGCAUCGAUCCGCAUCUUUAUGGUCACCGGCGAUUUCAAGCUCACGGCGCAAGCCAUCGCUGAGGAGUGUGGCAUCAUUUCGAACUCCGCUUUAGUUGAGGAUAUCGAUGCUCUCAGCCGAGACUUCAAGGGCGAGUCUAGGAAACAAUCGAUCGUCUUGAGCGGUCCGGAACUCAUCACGCUGAACGAUGCGCAGUGGGACCAACUCUGCCAAUACCAAGAGAUUGUGUUUGCGAGAACGACACCAGAGCAGAAGCUCCGCAUCGUCAAGGAGUUCCAGGCUCGCGAGAACAUCGUCGGCAUGACUGGUGACGGUGUCAACGACGCUCCUUCGCUUAAGGCUGCCGACAUUGGUAUCGCCAUGGGCAGCGGUUCAGACAUCGCCAUCGAAGCCGCUGACAUGGUCCUUCUCGACUCGUUCGCUGCGAUUGUGCAAGCUGUCAUGUACGGUCGUCUCGUCUACGACAACCUCAAGAAGACUAUCGUGUACUUGCUACCAGCCGGUAGUUUCAGUGAGCUUUGGCCUGUUGUCACAAACGUCGCUUUUGGUAUCCCCCAGAUUCUGUCCUCCUUCCUAAUGAUCAUCAUCUGCUGUCUUACCGAUUGUGCCGCUGCUAUUACGCUUGCCUAUGAGAAGCCCGAAGCCGAUCUUAUGCUCCGACCUCCUCGUAACCCCAAGAAGGACAGGCUUGUAAAUGCUAGCCUCAUCUUCCAUGCGUACUUCGUUGUCGGUCUGCUCCAGUGCUUCCUAGCCUUUACCAUGAGCUUUUGGUGGAUGGAGCGUCAAGGGAUCCCAUUCACGGCGAUGUGGCUGAAGUACGGCAAUUACGACAAGCAAUACGACCCGAAUUACAUCAACGAGGUUGUGAACCAAGCUUCAAGUAUCUACUUCGUCACUUUGGUGAUCAUGCAACUCUUUAACCUUCUCGCCACACGCACACGUACACUCAGCAUCUUCCAACAGCCACCUAUUCUGAACAAGGCAACUCAAAACUUGUCGCUCUUCCCUGCCAUGAUCUUCGCCAUCGUCGUCGCAUUCAUCUUCAACUAUAUUCCGUCACUCCAACGCACCGUUGGCACACGAUCAGUUCCAGUCGAGCACUGGUUUCUGCCAGCUGCUUUCGGCCUAGGCCUACUUCUACUCGAUGAGGGAAGGAAAUAUUGUGUGCGCAGAUGGCCCAAAGGCCUUCUCGCCAAGAUUGCUUGGUGAAGAUGUUCAUACCCUAAGGGUAGCAUGACAAGUCGGCCCCCCACCUGUAAGAUACACUUGCGGAGUACCGCCCAAGAAGUCUGUCUCAGAUAUAGAUUUAAAAGUACAAAAAAAUCCAAAGUUUCACAAGUUCACAUCAAGCCUAAGAUGCUCCUACCACCCACUUCAUUCCCCAGCAGCGCAGAGCAACUCUCACUCCUUCUGAGCCCAAUGGUCCCACAUCAUACACGUUCCUCCGUACCUUCAGCUGCAAUAUAUAAUAGUGGAGCCGUUGUCACCGGCAUUUCUACACAUGUACCCCACACUGUCCUCAUUAACGUCUUGCAUGACUGCCAACGACAUGCUUUAACGGAGUAAGUGCCGGUGAGUGAUGAGGCCCUAUCAUCUGGCGCCGAUCUUAUUACCAUGCAAUUUGAGAAUUGUCAUGUAAGGCGAGGGAAGGCCCCAUUUGUCUCGGCUAAAUGCUUCUUCCACCCGAUUGGCGAGAAUGCCAAUUGUGAUUGGAUGGGAGGGGCGAAAAGUAGAUGAAGACAGAGCUCGGAAAGGGUUGAGGUGGCGUCGGCGGGCAGUUUGUUCCACGAGGUGACGGGUGUUUUGGCUGAGUGGCUGGCUGAAUGGGGUUUAGUGGGCGUCUGCCUGCUCCCGAGUGAAGUGGCUAGUGAGGACGCCCCGCAGAGUUCGGCAAACCUUGGUUUGACCUCAUAUUAGCAACGAAGGGUGCGUUGUUGAGCGCCGAUGUUGAAGUACAAAUAAUGUUGCUUCGAGAUGAAGACUUGCACAAGGUAUCAUGACGAUACUACACGUAGAUAUCUCUCUAUCUACCAAUAUGCCUCAGAGGCCAUGG